AUGGAAGACGCUCAUCUGCUAUGUCUUGAAGAUUAUUUCAUCUCCUCCCCGGGUCCGCUGAGACCGCUCAUGGUGUCCCUCAACGGACAUAACUCGUGGCUGCUGUCCUUCCCACGUCCAUGGGCUGAUCAGAAGCAGACGGGGAGGGCUUACUUCCAUAUCGUCUUAGACCCAUGGCUGGUCGGGCCUACCGAGCUCGUGGGUUCCUGGUUCAUCCGCGUCGACCUGCCCGUGGCCGCGGCCAUGCCCACUGCCGACGCCGUGGAAGCAGCGGCGCGUCAGAUCGAGGACUUGGCCUCGGAGUAUGUGCUGAGCAGGCGCCUGUCCAACGAAGUCUUCAACCCGGCCAGCCACAUCGACGCCAUUCUCCUGGGAUUCCACUACUACGACCACGUGCACGAGGCCACCUUGCGCGAGUUUGGCCGCAAAGUCCCGGUGCUGGCAACGCGCGAGGCGGCCAGCAUUGUCAAGCCGUGGAAUCACUUCAGCUACAUCACCAUUGUGGGGGAUCUCGGCCCGGCGGCCACGUCAUGGCGCGCCCCCGAGCUGCAUCCCGGCCCUCCCCUCCCGUCGUGGCUGACGGUGCUCCGCCUCGCCGGUCACCGCGAGAUCAACUUUUGCCUGGCCAUGGUCUGGACCCACUGGGAGAGCCCCGGGGUCGAGGUGCAUGAAGCCAUCCUCAGCACACCCCACGGCACUCUCUUGGACCAGGGGCCGCUGCAGGCCUUCCUGGACGCGGAGCCCAAGACUCGCAAGCUGGCCAUGCUGCACGGCUUGAAAGAAAGCCACGUCGGCGGCAAGCAGACCAGCUUUGGGGCCAAGGGCGGCCUGCAGCUGUAUCGGAAACUCGGGGGGGUCGACUACUGGGUGCUGUCCAACCACUCGAUGCUCAACUAUACCGGCAUCUUCAUGCGCCUGUCCCGCGCGGCAGACACGGCUCGCACCCUGGAAUGGGCUCUGGAUCAGGAGCUGGUGGAAAAGAAGGCCAUGAAUAAGCCUAGUGUUUUCCGGGUUCCGAACGGUGGCUUCUUGGUUUUGGACGCAUGA